UACGAGCAUGCGCAGAACUGAUCCCUCAGCUCCAGUCAGCCAUACAGGACUCGGUUUAAAUACUGUUCAUUUAUAUGUGCGCUAAUUUGUAGGUCACAGACGCGAGCUGAGACGCUAAAUGAUGGAAAUCGGGACGGAGAUCAGCAAGAAAAUACGGACGGCCAUUAAAGGGAAGCUGCAGGAGUUGGGGGCGUAUGUGGAUGAGGAACUUCCUGACUACAUCAUGGUGAUGGUGGCCAAUAAGAAGAACGCUCAGCAAAUGGCAGACGAUCUCUCACUCUUUCUAGGCAACAACACCAUCAAGUUUACUGUGUGGUUACAUGGCGUACUAGAGAAGCUCAGAACAACUGCAGUGGAGCCGGCCUGUCUGCAUGCUAAACUCCUCCCCUCUGACACCAGCAUGUCCAGUCAGGAUGAAUGCAAAGGGGAGGAGUCACGGGCUCUCGCUGUGUCCAGCUCGCGCUCUGAUAGGUUAGAAGGACGGGUCUCUAGCUCCGCCCAUGAACACCAUGGCAGGAGAACAUCCUCUGACCGCUCCUCCAGACAGACCUCCACAGUGAAGCCUCUGCACGAACACUCUGCUGAAGCCGUCAUCGACAUCAAACCCGACCUGGAGGACGAUGACCUCAUUACCACCGAUCCUAGGGUCACAGUCCCCGGGAAGCCACGCCCCUUAUCUAGCCGUUUGUCCAAUCGGAGUUCAGCAAGAGCUGAGGAAUAUUACAGGCCGUCUGAGGUUAUGAGAAGUCAGGAAAAGUCGAGCUCUAUUUAUGGGCGGAGCUACAGAGCGGAAAACAUUAAGGAGGAGUUCUCACGGAAAAGGAAAGCCCCCAUGGUGAGCUCUGUGGUUCGGAUUCAGAAAGGUCAGGAGCGAGUUUAUGAGAGCGAGGAGGACGAGGAGGAAGAGGAAGAUUAUGGCGUGCAGAGUCGAGUUUCUCUCCCACCAAAGCCAGAGCGCAAACCCUCACUGCCUCCAGCUAAACAGGCCAAUAAGAAUUUAAUCCUAAAAGCUAUUUCUGAGGCUCAGGACUCCAUCAGUAAGACCACAUCUGUAUAUACCUACCCUCAGCGACAAACGGUUCCCGUGGCACCGCGAACACGCUUGGCAAGUGAUGACAUGAACAGAGCUGCCAUCCGAUUGGUCCAAGAGCACCUGCAUGAGCUCCUCCCACAGGGCGCACAAAACACCCGCCUAAAUGUCCCUUCUCGCUCUCUGGCCUCACGGCUGCAGCAGGAGCUUACAGACGACGAGAAAGAUCAGCAGUUCGAGCGGGAGCUGUUGGAGACGGCAAGACUCAAGGCCCUGGACACUCGCUCCUUCAUCAUGAGGAAACCAGAGCUGGAACAGAAUCCACCAAUCAGGAGCAGGCUGGAUGCUGCCAAUCAGGAGGAGGCCCUGCCCACUGCUCCGCGCACAGUGCAGGCCAGAGAAAAACCUGAGUGCAGUCCAAAGUUCAUUGUGACGUUAGACGGUGUGCCGAGUCCUCUCGCCAGUCUCACUGAACAUGACAUGGACACCAACACCACCAUGACCUUCAACCCCCCUGAAGAUCACAGGACAAAACCAGUGAACCUCAGCAUGACCUCUGACCUCUCAUAUGAUGAUGAAGGGGUGAUGAUGGUGGAGGAAGAGGCAGAAGACCAGAUGGAGGAGGAACGAGUGAAGGUGAAGCGAGCGAAGGUUUCAGAGCGCUGCAAGUUCUGGCCGGCGUGUAAGAGCGGAGACAAGUGUGUGUAUCACCAUCCAACAACACAGUGCAGGAUGUUUCCCAGCUGUUCGUAUGGACAGAAGUGUCUGUUCAUCCAUCCAAACUGUAAAUACGACGGCAAGUGUUCCAAACCCAACUGUCCGUACACACACAUCAGCCACAGAGCCGUGCUGCAGACUGCUGAACCAGCUCCUCCACAGACCAGCAGUGUGUGUCGUUUUUUUCCCGAUUGUAAGAGAACAGACUGUACCUUCUAUCACCCUAAACUAUGUCGCUUUGCAGAGCAAUGUAACCGUGCAGGAUGCACCUUCUACCAUCCAGCAACCUCAGUACCACCGAGACAUGCCCUAAAGUGGACUAAAGCACAGGCCAGCUGAACAGGCUGCUCGGCUCCGUCCCUCCUUCGUGUUGAGCCUGAACACCACUGAACCUCAGGAUCCUUCUUUUUUAAAUUUGAUUUUCAAUUCUAUUUUUGAAUGUGUUUAAAAAAAAAAAACUCUUUUUGUAGACCUUCUACUUACUACAUUAAAGCUCAUCGAGCUCUGCGUUUUC